CCUCUCUCUCUCUCUCUCUCUCUCUUGUUCAUUCUUUCUCCCUUCCAUCUACUCCUCUUCCACCUCCCCAUCAGCGAGCCUCUCAUCCUCGUUGCCUCCCCCCACUUCUUCGACGCCAUCGACGUCCUGUCGACCUUUCGAUCUUUCAUUCGCCCAUUCUUUACGCUACUAUAAUGCCGUCCAUGCGCAUCUUCGCCGACGCCGACGUGGCAAAGCACAACACCCGCAAGGCCUGUUGGGUGUCGUAUAAAGGGGGAGUGUACGAUCUCACCCCCUUCCUCGCCGACCAUCCCGGAGGCGAUGACAUGCUCAUGCGCUUCGCGGGACGCGACCUCGGUCGGGUCAUGGAGGACCCAACAGAGCACGUGCACUCGAACUCGGCAUACGAAAUGCUUGACGAGCUUCGCAUCGGCAGCCUUGGCGCCAACGAGUCCAUUGUCACUGAUGACUGGGUUGCGGACGAGAACUUCCACCCAGACGAAACCAACGUUGCGUCUGACUUCACCAAGAACCAGUUCUUGGACCUGUCUAAGCCACUGCUGUUGCAGGUGUGGAACGCACCAUGGGGCAAGGAGUAUUACCUUAAGCAGGUGCACAACCCACGCCACUUGAAGAACUCGGCACGCCUCUUUGGCCCCGACUUCCUCGAGAUGUUCACGCGCACCAAGUGGUACGUCGUGCCGCUCGUUUGGGGCCCAAUCACCCUCUUCCUGGCAUACCUCUCGAUGCUGCAGUUCUCAGACUCGCGCAUCUUCGCCAAGGACCUUCUGCAGUGGCCUCUGCAGCUGCACCGUCUUCCGGGUGUCACACCGGCAGCCCUCACCAAGUUCGUGCCAUGCUACCUUCUGGGUUGCGUGAUUUGGACGCUGCUGGAGUACUUCCUGCACCGCUUCCUCUUCCACCUGGACGACCACCUCCCGGACGCCAACUGGGCUCUUAUGCUCCACUUCCUGCUCCACGGAGUUCACCACUACCUCCCCAUGGACCGCCUGCGCCUGGUCAUGCCGCCGCUCCUCUUCUUUGUUCUGGAGACGCCAUUCACCAAGCUUGCCCACGUCCUUUUCCCCAAGGCGAUGGCGAACGGCAUCAUCGCUGGUGCUUUCACAUUCUACAUCGGCUACGACUGCAUGCACUACGCCCUGCACCACACCCGUCUUCCGCAGUACAUGACGGAGAUGAAGCGGUAUCACCUCGCGCACCACUACAAGAACUUUGAGCUUGGCUUUGGUGUGACGAGCAAAAUCUGGGAUGUCGUGUUUGGCACCAUCCUCCCGAUUGCUGAGAAGUAAGCGAAGAUCAGUCGCUGUGCAUUUGGUCAUGUUUUGGCUUGCAUGGGCGGGUUGAGCUUGCGCUGUUCCCGCCGUGAUGCCUACAGCUUCGUGUCAGACAAGGCCUUGCGGCGCUUAUCUUUUUGAGCAAAUAGACAAGUAUGUACUUCCAUGCGUAAUAGCUGUGUUUUGUUUGAUCCUCGAUGACGACAAGGAGCGACUGAGAGGGAUGUUUCGGUCAACGAUCCCGGAAGUGGCUGUGCG